ACUAAGGGACGAAAACAUUCUCAAGGAACGCCUUUCAUGGUUGAAGCUUGUGUCAGUUAAAUAGAUAAUUUAGUUGUGGGACUCACUUCGGAUUAGUUUAUUAAAUUAAAUAACCUGACAGGUAUUUGUCCUUGAAGGUGGCUGAGGCUAUCGUCCUGGGAACUCACAGAGCCAAAGAAAGUACUUCACCUGUUUUAAUAUCUAUGUUUAGAUAUUACAGUAGAUCGUUUGCUUGUUUAUGUAAAUAAAAGACUUAUUGGAAACUGAUUUCUUUACAUUGUGGUAAUAGGUGUGGAUAAAAACCAAAUUCAACAGUAACCGAUCAGUGGUGAAGAGGAUAAAAGGAAAAAGUAAAAGUAAUAUGAACCGCAGUUCAUAUUGCCUUAAAUAUUGCUAAAUCUUUAUAAUUUUGUAAAUAAAAUAUAAAGUUUUGUUACAAGUUAACGAAUUACAUAUAUGAGAUAGGUAUGUGUCCUCAAGAUAUGAAUGUCAAUAGUGUUAGAGGUAAGGCUUCCUCCCCUGGCUUAAAGGGUUCAGUGUUACAGGAGGACCAGCCGGGCAGGAGUGGGCGGCGGCGGUGGUGGAGGGUACUGCUGGUUUACUGAGGUGCAGGACGUGCAUGUGGGCAGGAUGGUGGCCAACUGAAGUAGUGGGAAGAACAGGAUCACUCAGGAUGACCAACAGAGGGGGGAUGGUGGCCAUCCAGCCCACACAAAAGAAGAACGGAACCCGUUUGUAAUCCGGGGACCCCCUACUACAAAGCUAAGUGUUCCAUUAUUGUUGCAACACAUGGGGGAUUCUUGUCAGGAACUAAUGUAAUUCUGGGUGUUAUCUGCUAAGUUAGGAGGUUUAUUAAAUUCAUCUUUAUUGUUUUGUUGGAUUUUUUUUACAUAGUUUACUGAUCUCUCCAAAUCUAGGCUAGUGUGUGUGUGCUUGGCACAGUACAGUACCUCAGUCCACAUUCAGUUGUGUUCUUUUUGCAUUGCAAGAAGUACAUCUCGCCCCAGUGAGAGUCUGUCUUGACGUGAGCUGGCUUAUGGCUUCAGGGAAUUCCUAAGCUGGCUGCUGAUUUUGGGGCUUGUUAGGAAGCAGACCUGCAUCUUCAUUUUCUUGGUUAAUGGGAUGUACUGAAUGUCAUGCUUGUGUUUGAUUUUUUCGUUUAAAUUAUUCAUGAGCUUCUCAGAUGGGUUAGGUUUGGUCAAUUAAGAGUUUUCUGUGGUUGGUGUUGUGAAUUACUCUUAUAUUUCAAUCAUGAAGCUGGGGUAUUACCCCUCCCUAAUCAUAAUGUUGAACCAACACGAUCUUACUAUGAUUGUCAGCUUUAGUUUUGUUGGGGCCCUGGGGGACAUAGGCCUUACUUUUGUACCAUAUAGAAAAUGUACUUGAUGAGUUUAUUGAGCAGACAACUUGUAAACCUUAUGUCUAUAGAGACAUAAGGCUUGUAAUUUUUUGUAUGCAAGUUUUACUCUGAGGUAAGAUAAACUAAACAGUGCUGUAUUAUUCCACUUUUAUGACAAGUUUCAUGAAAAAUUUAAUUCUACACUAUAGUAGAGAUGUACUGUACUGCAUUGUAUUGUGUAGUGCCCAGUGCAGGUUAAGCCUAUUGUUUAUUGUUGGUGUUGAAACCUUCACACUUGUGGCAUGAACUGAAGCAACAGUUUCGUACAGUAUUGUUUCUCUCCUGUUCCUUCGGUCCAUCUUUGUAACAAUUAACACUUCAGUUGUUUGACUACAUUAAAAAAAAUGUAAAUCUAAUUCUUCCUUGGCUUCUCCUCCAUUGUGAGGGGGAGGUAGGCUGCUGAAGUAACCGGGAGUAUUCCAGUGAGCGGCUGAUAGUUCCAUUUUAAAGGAGUCUGGGCUCAGAGUCUACAGGCCCUCUAAAGGUUUGCAAAGGGAGACUAGAAAUCCAACUGAACACUGAUUACUGAACAUGAAAGACUCUGACAAACUUUAGGAUUAUGUGGCUGAAAGAUUACUUGAGAAUAUGAUUGUGUGAUCUGUAGAAUGUACUGUUGAGCUGUGGCUGGGACAGACAGGUAGACAUGUCCUUUUCUUAUUACAGAUACAAUACUGUACAGUACAUAGAUACUGUACUGCCAUGUUGUUGGAAAUAAUUAUGAUUUGAACUCUUGCAGGUUAGCAUGGAUGAACUCUGUGCCAUUGGAUCGAGCAGCGUACCAACCUACAAAUGUAGAGCACUGGGCCAACAUGGUGACGCACGGGCUGUUCGUGCUGCCUGCCAUAUACGGAGCGGUGAUGAUGGUCAUGGCUAGUCGCUCGGACGUACAUCAGUUAGCUGCUACCAUAUAUGGUGUAGGGCUGGCGGGCCUCUUCAGUGUCUCCACUUUCUUUCAUAUAGUCUUCUAUCUCGGCUAUUACAAAAAUCUCAAGGAGGUUCUCCACCGUAGCGACCGAGCGAUGAUCUACGUGUUCAUCGCCACAUCAUAUACACCGUGGCUGCUGCUCCGCCCUCUACCUCAAGACUCGUGGACUCUUCAUCUCAGAUGGGGUAUAUGGGUCCUGGCUGUGCUGGGCAUCUUGUAUCAGCAACUGUUCCAUGAGAGGUUCAAGAUGUUAGAGACAGUCUUCUACCUCAUUAUUGGCAUCCUUCCAUCGCUAGCUGUUAUGGAUAUGGCUCGCUCUGGGGACGAUCACUCGGGACUAGACGAACUAAAGUUGGGCGGUGCCAUAUACGUGCUUGGCGUCAUCUUCUUCAAAAUGGACGGAAGAAUUCCCCUGGCACACGCUAUCUGGCAUCUCUUUGUGGUCCUGGCAGCAUUUAUUCAUUACUACGCAGUUCUCACCUACCUUAUCCUCCCACCGGAAGGCAGCACGGCCUCUGUUGAGACUCUCUCCAUGGAUGAGUGCGACGUGUCAAUACCUGAGUGUGCGACUGCCUAGAAUUGGAUUACUACCUGUAGAUAGAAAGUAAAGAACGUUAAUAUUUUGUGGCCAAGAUAUAAGUAUUAAUUCUCAGGUGGUGAUUAUACACACAGGUAUUGUGUUUAUAGGUAUUAACCAUGCUGGUGUGUGAACACUUAAUGAGAAAGUUUUAUUGAUUGGUAUAUUCACAAAAUUGAGGGGAGGGAAAUUUUUGUGGACAGUAGUUUAUAAAUGAAUCAGAGGAUAGAAAGGUCCAGGCCAGUCUAUUAAGAGGAUUGGUUAUGUUAACCAGCAGUUAUGAAGGUGAUGGAAGGUAUUGUACGAGAGAUCUCUUAUGUGUUAGUAAACAAGGUGAGGAGAAUUUUUCAUGACAAAUAUUGACUAGAAAAUAAUGGUCAGGAAUGCUAUUCUGGCAUUUUGUAUUAACCACAGGAAAGGGGGAGGGUAUUAACUGAAUAAUGUCAGUUGAUAUUAGUGUCAGAGCUAGUGAUUGCUUUUGGCAAAUUAAAUACCUGGAAAGAGACGACAUAACCAUUAGUGAGAGACAAAGAUUGUUGGAUCAGUGUUAUUGUCUGUGGUUAUUAUUCAAGUCAGAAUAGCUCAGGAAACUCUUUACUAGACUUAAUGUUGAAUGGUGCACUCAUUACAGCUUACUCAAUGUUAAGCAAGUCACCAAAGUAGAUAAUUCCCCCUUACUGCUUUUCUGAACAGGACCAAUUUUGGCAAUAUUUCUCUUGGUGUUGUGAAAGAAUUAUGCAAAUGUUAAAUGAGAACUGGACAGGAUGAUACAAUAAGGGGUUGUAAACCUGGACCUCAUUCUUUAGAACAACAUAUUAAAGUGCAUGAGGACACACUAGCUCACUCACAUAAUGUGCACACAUUCUCACAGACACACGUGUGCGCACACAAACAAGCAAACUAAGCUAACAAACUUACUCGCCUAUGAUUAUAGUUUGUUUAUGACAAUCAGAUAGUGAGAAAGUUUUGUCCAUAAUGUUUUUGUUUGUGAUAAAAUAAUGGCAUUUUUCUACAUUUAUAAGAAAUUCUUUUUCUAUGGCUAAAGUCUGUAACUUGUUCCAUAAAGAUCUCUAUCAUGUUGUGCCAUUAUAGGGUAGAUUUGAUGCAUUCAUGCACCUAACAUUGCUAAACUAUCCAUUCUCCUCUAUUAGGUCUUUACGUACAUACAACUUUUAUUAUUUUAACCUCAUUUCUUAAUACAAUAUUUAGAUCUUUGCAUGUGGCUAAAAAUCUUCAUUCAACUGAGCCUCUGCAAAGUCCAGUUGAUUUUAAACAAGAGAGGGAACACUUUCAGUAUGAAUGUCAGACCUUGGUCAUGAAAAUUAAGAAAGUUGAGAGAUAUCAGUAAUGUAAUAGAAGAGAAUAUCUUGAGUUACUGAAUCACUUCUCUUGGUAACAGACACUGGCAGAGUUUUCUGGUACGGUAGCUGCCUGGCUAGUGCUAUAACCGAUUUAGUCUCAUAUUUCUAUUUUAGUUUUCCAUUUUAUUUGCAUAAUUUUCUAGCAAAACAAUUCUGUAUACAAGAUAACUUUUAUAUGUAAAUUUUAACUCUGCUUCUUGUGCAGUGAUUGUUUCUUGAUUGUCAUUGUUCUUGUGUUGCUAUACACGACUGAAGUACAAUACUGAGAAGAUAUUUCCCAUUGGCAGUAACUGAGUGGCAGACACACCACCAGCAGUUAUUCAGGUGAGACGUUGUAUUCCAUAUAUACAGUAGCACUUCACUAUUUUACAUUUUAAAAGUUUUGCACAUGAGGAUAAUUUGGGCCAAAUUUGAGUAUGAUCCAAUGUCUGUAUGCUGAAUCUUCUGAAUAAUUUGGAAAGGUUGUUGUUUUUGGACAGAAUCAAAUGAAAUCUCAUGUAACUUGAGAUGAGAGCAGAAAUUGACAAAGAAAGAUAUACAGUAAAAAUUAAACUAAAAACUUUAUUAAAACUAUAAGCUAGGUGCUUGAGGGACUCCUAAGGUUACCUGCUGAUUACAGUCCUUCCUGUUUUGUGUUGGACAUCACAGCCAUUCAUACAUUUCAUCUUUUAACUCAGAUAUUUUGUAAAAAACUGAAUUUCACACAUGGGCCAAUCCUUAGUAUGUGUGAGUUUGUGCAGAAUAUUGAGGUUGUAUUGGUAAUAUUUAGACCAAUUUUUCUGAAAUUUUGACAAAUAAUGGCUCGGUUGUUUCUGUGAUGACCUUCAGAACUCGGCAUUUGUUUUAACUUAGUGCUGAUAGAAAAUCCUUUACAUUAUGGGUUUUAAUAUUUUUUCUUUCAUAAAUGUUUUGAGAUUUACUGUACGUAUAUUGCUAAUUGUAUAAUCAACCUCUUGGGGUGUAUUGAAUUAAUGCCAGUGUGUAUAAACUUACUGAAAGUCAAAAACUUUCAUUCAGUGAGUGGUAAUGAUUCAGGCAUCCAAUGUUGGAUGUGACAAUAGUCCAAACUUUACCAGUUGAUGGAGUCUUAAGAGCAUCAGCAGGACUAGGAAGGCUCUCAUGGUAGCGGAAGUGUUGAGUAUGUGUUGUGUGAUUAAGCAUUUAUUUUAUGCAUUUGUUAUAUAAGUACAUACCGUAGAUCCUGGAACGUGCCCACCGAUGCUCCAUUCUGAAUUUCCUGUUUCUCAAGACACCUGAGAUAAUUUCACUAACAAUAAGAUCAUUGUAUUUGAUGGCUUAGAUUUCUUGAAGGGUGCUUGAAUGUAUGGGUAUUACUGCAUUUACAAUUUUUCUCACCCAGGAUUCAUUUUAGUGCCAGUUAGGUCAUUAAUGCUGUAAGAAAUCGUUUUCAAGAUUCUGAACUGAUUUAGCCCCUUUUACCUGGAGCUGAAAUACUGUAACUAAGUUUUCCUUUGUGCUAUAGAGAGUUUUACUGGUUUAUUAAUGUUUAACAAAUGAGUUGCCAUCAUGAUAUAGAACUUAGUUAUAAGAAUACAUAAUAAGUUAUGUGAAGAUUUUUAGCCGCAUCAUCGUCCGUGCAGACUGAUAUAUGAUGGAGGUUCUGGUGUUAAGAGGUGGACAUCCACGGCAUCAGUUGGUCCAUUCCAGUUCUUCAAGAAUGUUGGUUGUAUCCAUAGCCAUAAUGUACAUUUCAAAGUGCAAUAAGAAAAAGGAGAUACUCCUCAGUAGAAACACAGUAGUUAGAUGAGCAGCAGCUGCUGUAAAUUAUUAUCAAGUUCAAUGAUCAGUCAUAGCUUAACUAAUGAUCAAUAGUUGAAUGUGAAGUUAUUUUCCUAGUCACUUCACUGCCAUGUUAACAAACACAUGUUUAUGUGUCUUUGAAUAAUGCCCAUUUUAUUGUUAUCCCCAUUUCAGUUUCUUCCUUUGUGUAUUCCUGGUAGAACCAUAAAACCCUGCAAAUUCGUAAGAGUUCAUGCCUGGUCCAGUGAGAGUUCUCCUGAUUUAUAUAUCACAAGAUUAUGAAAAGAUACUGCUACAUUUUACCAUACAACAAGUAACCAUAAUGAUUGCCUUAAUAUGAUUCUUGUGUCACAGUAGAGAGAAGCAAACUCACACCUCUACCUGAUGACACCUUUGAAUUCUGUAUCAACCAUUUGCAUAAUCAUUAACAUGUCUUCAAAUUAAAUAUGCAUUUUAAGUGAGCUUAAUUAAAAGUUCAUUGAUCAGGUAUAUGUUGAUAGCUAGUUUAUUGUGUAUACCACCACAUGUUCAAUUUGAAGUUUACCAUUUUGGUAAUAUUGUAUUAUAAAAUUAUCAUGCCUUGCAGCUCAAGAUGUAAGGCUUGUAUUUUCUCUAAUUAACUUGUAGUUGCCAAUGUAACUAGAAUUUUAUGCUUAACCCAUUCUUUACUACUGUCCAAAUCUGUAGUAGUGGUACAGUGGUAGUGUGUAUCUGUACCACAGUAGUGAUACAGUGGUAGUGUGUAUCUGUACCACAGUAGUGAUACAGUGGUAGUGUGUAUCUGUACCACAGUUUUGGUUUGCAGUAAAGAAGGUGUUAAACCUUUAAGUUUAGUAACGAGCAGUUUUAGUCACAAAAAAUGUGGAAAAAAAAUGUAUACAGAUAAAUUUACAUAAUUUAUCUCUUUAUAAACAUCAUAGUUAACCAAGCCUCUCACCGCUCAUCCUGGGAGGCUGCCCUACAGUAUAAAACCUUACACAUGAAACGUGUGGUUGGUGGAGAUUCAUGUCUUCGCAGAUGUAAUUUAACAAAAGUGUAACUGUCAAUAGACAUGCAGCUAUGCUGUGUGUACCAUACUGUUCCACCAGAGUACACAACUGUUGUUUCAUACAAGCUUCUAUCGUAGUGAGGCACAGGGGUCUAAGUGUUUUAAGAUAAUUUGAUGGUAAAUAUCUAUCUAUCCAUUAUUAUCCACUCUUGUGUUGAGUGGAUCAGUUGGCCAAAAAAAUUCAAAGAAAGGGGGAAAAGAAUACUGGAACACGUGUAGAAAACUUUCAUUAAUUGGCAGAAUAUAAUAACAUCUACACAAUAUUAAGAUUAGAAAAAAAGCAAAAUAUAGGAAUUACUCCCCACAAGUCCACUGUAUAAUCACCCUUUUAACCACUUUUUUCAUCCUUAAUACAGAAUUAAGAAUUGUAAUUUUGGAAUGUUACAUUUACGAAUUUACAGGGUUUUAUUGUAGUCAGGAUAAAAGACAUGGGACAAUAAUGAAAUUAAUAUUGCCGAUAUUUGUGCGUUAGUGCCAGACUUUGAAUCAGAUGUUCAGAAAAUAUAUGAGAUCACCUUACAGAAUUGUUUAGUUAUGAAAUGACAUUGAGAAGUUUGUAUAGAAAGCAACCUACUUCAGACAAUGAUAGGUAGAUGAAUUAAGCUUCUUACCUCAUAACCAAUAUAUUCCCUGAGGAAUGUAUGUGUUCAGGUACUAAAACAAAUAUUGUACCAGAGUUUGUUAGCUAAAGCAAAGUGUAAUAUUUAGAAGACUUAGUACAGUAUAGAAACAGCUGUGAAUUUGUUGAAAUUUACCCUGCAUUAUUUUCUUCAUAUUGCCUAAAAAUAAUUUAUUUUUAAAAAGGGAAGAUGUCAAUUUAUAUCUCUGCUUUUUGGGGUCUUCAACCAUUUCACAACAGAGCAGCUAAUGACUUCUUUGUAACAUACUUCCUCCACCACCAGACCCUUCCACUUGACGCACCUUUUCAUUUGUACCACAUGCAUUUAUUUACUGCAGAAUACCUUAUUGCUGUCUUCCUUAUUAACCAGAUACAUCACAGUUUCUCCAUCUCCUUAAACUUUUCACAUUCCUCAGCUGAUUUCUUCCUGUACCUAGCUUUAACUUAACGUUAACCUGAUACCCUCAGAUUUUCUCACUAAAAUUUCCACACUUCACCAUCUUGUCCCAAUUCUAAAUAUACCUAUUACACAAACCAACAAAGCCAGGAGAGAUACCGGGUACUCUACUUAUUGCAGUGAUGAAGAUUUAAGUACUUUAUAAGGUUUGGUGAAUUUCAUUGCUUCUUCAUAAAUGGCUUGUCACAUCUGAGGACUCAUAUUGUCUUGUUUUCAACACUGCUUUGUAAGCUGUUUAAUAUAUUAGCCUUUUAAGGCUUCACAAUGCUAUACACAUUUACAAUAGUUUAUCCUAACAGAUGUGAUUGAGGGGUUAUAACAUACUCAAGUUAAUUCAUUUCACCUAAAUGAAUAGACAUUAAAGAAAUUGGGUUAUUCAUCAAUGUAGGUUUUGUCAUAAGCUUGUAACAGGAGCAAGGGACUUCAGCUAAUCAAUUUUAAUUUGUCAUAUAAACCUCAGUGUGGAAUAUUAAGAAGAACUGAUAAGUGGACGCUUCUAUUAUUGUUUAAUUAUAAAAUAAGAAGUUGAGGUGUAGUAUGACACAGGGGACAAUGCUUGAGUUACCUGCUGGACAGUUGAUAUGGAUCUUGGACAUAAAUGGAUAGAUAGAUAUAAAUCAGGAAAGACUCCUGUACUUUUCCUUGAAAUAAUCAAGUCUUGUCCUCCCACACAUCCUUUAUAAUCAUAGUAGAAUGUGCCUGAGGCUAAGCAACCCGUGGCACACUUUUCUUUGUAAAUCUUCACAUAGAAUGUUCUCGCUAUUAUCUCAUUGAGUAGUUGAGAUAGUUUUUUAAUACAAUAAGCUGGAACCCCUACUACAAAUUGGUGUGUACUGUACAUGGAAUGUAUUACAGCUGCAAUUUGUUGCAAAUCAACUUGAAGCCUUAUAAAACAACUUUAGGAAAUUUUGAUACUUUUGGAAAUUCCAUCUACAAUUACUGUUAGUCUCUAUUGACAUUUACCUAUGGUAGUUUAGAAGACUUGAAUAUUGAUCUUAAUAGUAAAAACAUAAAAUGUUUGUCGUAUCACUUUAUUAUAAUAUACAGUAGAAUGUAUAAGCCCUAAAUGUUGAUGACAAACUGAGAUGUUCCCUAAUUGCUUGUGACCCUAUUUACUGAUACAGUAGUCGUAGAUGUGUACAUGUUGUACCUGUGAGUAGAACUUUGUAUUAACAAUUGUCUUCAUAACUGUUUUCAAUGUACAGGGUCUCAGAAUUACUGACAGUUUUGAGCUUUGAUAAACAGUAUCUUUCUUCCUCGUCGUAAUGUUUUACCUGAAAAUUCACGUAAAAGAAUUACGUUAAAUUAUCUUAAGGGAUGUCAGACUAUGUUAAUGUCUGUUUAAAUUUAUAAGUCUGUGCUUAUCUGUGGCUCAGAUGUUUGUGAUAACUUGUUUCAGUUCUCUACGUCAGAUAUUAAUAUUAAUUAUAGUUAACUGGGAUUGAUGGUGCUCAUCAUAGGGAAUGUUUUCCUUUGCUUCAUUGAUUUAUUCAAAAGAUGUUAGUAUUGUGUUUGUAAGGUGUGUGUUGCCCUGUGCUGCCUUGUGGGCCGUCUUCCUACAAGGAUGAGAGUUCUCCAGAUGUAAUUGAUCUCUGUUAUUUGUUUUCAAGUUUUAUACAAGUUUUACCGGUGAACAAACAUCCUUUGGUGGUGCCAAAAUAAGUAUGGUGUGUAAGAUCUUUUCUGACACCUACUUCACUAGUUAGCUCACAUAUUUAUCAACAGUUUACAGUGACACCCCUUCCAAGGUGAUGCUUAGAGUUGUGAUUACUCGUGGUGGUUGAUAUUAUAUAGUUUUAUGGAUUACCGGUAAGUCCCCUUUUUAAGUUUGUCUGUAAAAAUUAGAUUUUUCCAUAAUUUUAAUAUAAUUAAUUUGCAUAUUGGUUGUCUUCUUUGUUGUACUAAUAUUUGUGAAACAAAUCUUGAAAAUGUUUAAUAUGAUCAACAAUUAGUUUAGGUAAUAAGAAAUACUUGUAUGUAUGUACCCUGUGUUGUUCUGUGAUGAUAUGAGUACUGUAAUUCUAACUCAAAAUAUAGAAUUGGGUGCUUAGAUGAUCUCAUUGUGCCCUUUACUAUGUGAGGACAGGAGUAAAAAAUGACUUUUAAGUAUAUUUGUCAACCCAAAAUAUUGUUAUUUACUUUCAGCUGGUAGCUAGCUGUUUGAUAUUUAAUAAUUUCAAGUAUUUAUUCACUUUACUUACUAUUUAUUUGUUUUCAGGACUUGUAGUCAUAGACUAUAAAAUACUCAUCAUAUUUAACCCCUUAGGUCUCUCUCUGUUAAAGAAAAUUGUCUGUCAUUAGCCAAAUAAGAUAAUGAAGGGUUAGUGGAGUUAGUUUAUUAACCCUUUUGAAGCGUCUCUGCUGAAGAAAAUCAUCUUGUGUUUACCAAAUAAAAUAUUAAAAGUGGCAUCCCAUAGUGAAGGGGUUAAUAUGUUUGUACUGUACUCUUUAAGUUGUACUGUAUGUUGUACUGUGUUAGUCAUAAACACCCUCAGGAGCUGUACUCACCAACAUGAUGUUCAAUGUUUAGUCUUAACCAUGGAGGUGUUGGUGUAUCUUAUCUUCACCAAGUCAUUUGUUAUUGUACCGUACUAAAUAUUUUAUAGAAUUUGCAUAGCUUCAAAAGCAAAACUUGGUUUUCUGCACCUAGUACGUGCACUAGCCUCAAUCAUAACUGUAUCAGUUGUAGUAUGUGUACUGCCUAUUCUCUUUACCCGCCAUACAUGUAUUCAUGAGUACCGGUAUGUGAGUCAUUUCAGAAAAUUUAGUGUGCUGAAGCCCAUUAUAAGUCAAUAUCAAGUUGAUAACAACCAUAUUAGAAAUGAGAUAAUCAACUUUGUUGUAUUGAAUCUUGGUCCACCUAAUUUAGCUUAAAUAUUAAAUGUACAUAUAGCAUUUAUAAAUUGAUUUGUAUCUUUGUUAUGCAUUUUAUCAGCUAAUUCCCACUUGGAAUAUUAUUCAAACCUUCCCUGAUAGGCUACUCAUUCAGUGACAGAGAUGAUAUUCACACCUUGUCAUACUUUCACAGUGAAAGGAAUGAUGGCUACACUGUGUCAGGGCACUCAUAGUAACCAUGAUGCUGAUAAUCAAAAUAAUGAGCUUUUCUGCUUUUGUUAGUUGUGCUUAUAUCAAUCACCAAACUUCCAUAUACGAAGAAUGUCACACACACAAUUUCAGGGGACACUACUGCUUGCAGCAGUUAAUAAUUUUUGCUCACUCAGGUGUCAGAAUUUCACAAAGCAGCACAUUCUGGACUUAUACAGAUGACUUGGCUGUGAAGUAAGUCAAGUAGUAGCCACUUGUUUGUACAUGAGAAUAGAAAAUGUUUGCAAAGUGUGAGGGUUGUUGCCUCUAAGUGUAGUAAAGGAUAAGUGGUAGGGAAGUAAUGAUAUACCUGUAGAUAUAGAAAUGAGAAGAAAGAAAGUAUUGAAAUACUGUAGUUAAUUAUAUUUGAAGAGUCCAGUUGGAAAAAGUGAAAGUCACUAGACUCGAUUAGACUGAUGUAGAAUUAAUGAAGGACAAUUUUUUCCCUUCACACACUCAUGUAUUAAGAACAUAAUUAACUCAGGACUGGUCAUUCUGGUAGAUAAGGAAGAACUCCAGUUUUAUACACAAAAGCAGAAUAAUCCUUUUUUUGUGAGUGAUCAUAUUUUAUAGGUCUCUUCAUGUGUGCAAAUCAAUCCUUAGAAGAUCAAAUCUGCCAGGUGUUCAGUUGUAUGGCAGGUUUAUAUUAUAGAAACUGUCUCUCAAACUCCAAAUGUGCUGAGAAAUGAUCUGUCUGCUUACAUUGAAAGGAACUCCACUUCACAGUAUUUUAGUCUAUCGUACGUUUUUUAAUUUGACUUUACCAGCAAAUCCUCUUCUGACCCAGUGACUUCAUUGCAUGAGACAAGUUAUUCACCACCAAACAAAAGUCCUUUGUAAUGAGAGAGAACAGGAAAGUAACAGGUAUGUGGUUUAGUCAACACCUUAAUAAAAAUGUUGUAGUACAGUACAGCACUUUAAAACAUUACCUCUCCAUCUUGUUAAUUUCUUACUUACAGCAUCAAUUUAAAAGUUUACAUUCAGAUUUACAGUGUACUAUUUGAAAAGAUUUAGACUGUUUCAUAUAUACAGUUGGAUGAUAUGCCCAACCCACAGAUCAAAGACUUGUGAACCCAUUAUGAGUAAAUUGAAGAUUGACCAAGAGUGUAUAAGGUAAUGUUGGAAAAGGGGUUGAUAAAAAUACAGAUGAGGUGCAUUAGUUGCAAUGCAAGUAGGAGAGAUUAAUGAUAGUUAUGUUCUUGAUUAAUAUGAGUUGAAUAUAAUUAUCACCAUUGUGCUGAGAUAAUCUGUUUUGACGUUUAAACACAAGACCUUAAACAGCAAUCUCUUGACUCGAUACUGUGCCAUACCAGAGGUCAUGUUGUCAUGACACUCUCCAAUUACUGUUGUUAACUCUAACUAAAAAUAGAAUCCUAGCCAGUAAUUGACAACCAAUUCAUCAGUGAGAAGAGUGUUGUAAUUACUGUACCUAUUGCUAUGAAGAUAUCACUGGCCAAGGACAGAUGUUGUAUAACGUAUUAUAGUAAGAGCGGUCAUCUUGUGAAUCAUACUUGUGCCGAGCUGUUAAAUUCUGGUUAGGUCAAUACAGUAUACUGUACAUGACAGCUGUGGCCUCACCAGGAGUUGGCAUCAUAAAGGCUUUUACACUUUGUUCAGGUUGACCUCUGUCUGUUGGUUCAAUAUUCUCAAAAUGGUUGUUUGAUCAGCCCAUUCAUUAUAUAAAACUUUUAAAUUAAUACUGUGCACAUUAAUGGUCUUCCAUUAUGUGUAUACACUGUUACAAUUUGUUUCUAUAAAUAUAGCUGCAUUCAAUUGGAACUUGAUUUGCUAAAAGUGAGAAUUUUAAUAUAAUUUUAUUAGUGGUUGUAUGAUCAUGUAAAAUAUGUUAGUGAGCAGAAAAACCCUUAUACUGUAUUAAGAAUAAUGAUAGUACGUAUUACAAAAGUUGACUUCAUAUGAACAUUUUGUGAUGAACAGUUAUAGUGAUACUUACCGUAUAGGAAAAAAAGACCAAAAUUAUGCCAUACAUUUGCAUUUAAAGUGAUAUUGUACAUUUAAGAACUAAUAGUCUCUCUAUUUUUCUCACUUAUCACGAGUACUGUAUAAUUAAACUUCACUUGUGAGAGGCUUUUGGAUAUGCAUACUGUAUAUUAUUAGCGUUGAAAUUAUUAAAUACAUUUGGUACAGUUGAUUGUUAUAAGAGAUGAAUUUAUAUUUACCAAUCUGGAUUUUUAGAAAACAAAUUAUAUUUAGCCCAAUCUGGAAAUUUCAAAUACUAUUGUGUUUUAAGUUGUGGAAGUGGAUUAGAUGUUCACCUUUAUAUUUUGAAAAUUAUGAAUAUGAAAGUUACUUCAGUAUUGUUGAAACAAAAACUACAGUAUUUAUAUUUAAUUACAUUAAGAUACUAUUCUCUGCUCUAUUCUGGUAAAUAACAUACCUUGUAGAUUUGAUAUUUGUGUAUAUUUGAAAUAAAGAAUAAACCCUUCA